GGCGCGGCAUGCGGCGCAGGCGCACGAGCCUCAGGAUGAGAUCUGUGUUUCCUAGGGUGCUGUAUGGCGCUCGGCUCUUCCCAGCGCUUCGGUAUGGUGGCCGCGGGUGCCGGCGUGACCCAGCUGCUAGUGCUCUUGUUGAUGGUAGCCGCGGUUCCUAGCAGAGCCCGGGGCAGCGGCUGCCGGGUCGGAGCCGCCGCGCGCGGGGUGGGAGCUGAUGGCCAUGAAGCUGAGGGCUGUGGCACUGUGGCAUUGCUGCUGGAACAUUCAUUUGAGAUUGGUGAUGGCGCCAACUUCCAGAAGCGUGGCUCUCUGCUCUGGAACCAGCAGGACGGCACCUUGUCGGCGACACAGCGACAGCUCAGCGAGGAAGAGCGGGGCCGACUCCGGGAUGUGGCUGCUGUCAAUGGCCUCUACAGGGUUCGGGUCCCAAGGCGGCCUGGGACACUUGAUGGUUCAGAAGCUGGUGGCCACGUGUCUUCCUUUGUCCCAGCGUGUUCCCUGGUUGAGUCACAUCUCUCGGACCAGCUGACCUUGCACGUGGAUGUGGCUGGCAACGUGGUAGGCCUGUCGGUGGUAGUGUACCCCGGGGGCUGCCGGGGCUCUGAGGUGGAAGAUGAGGACCUGGAGCUGUUCAAUACAUCUGUUCAUCUGCGGCCUCCAGGCACCGCUCCAGGCCCCGAGACGGCGGCCUUCAUUGAGCGGCUGGAGAUGGAGCAGGCCCAGAAGGCCAAGAAUCCUCAGGAACAGAAGUCUUUCUUUGCCAAAUACUGGAUGUACAUCAUUCCAGUCGUGCUGUUCCUCAUGAUGUCGGGAGCGCCGGACGCCGGGGGCCAGGGCGGUGGUGGGGGUGGGGGCAGCAGCCGGUGAGCAGCUGUGCCACCUAGAGCCCCUCAGAGCCUCUUGUCCUUGGCCAGCCCUAGAAGGACUCUAUCUCCCUGUUGCAUGAAUAUGGAAGGCCGUCCCUUCCCAUGAGCCCUCUGGCCUUCUUGUAAGUCCCUCAUUCUCUCCCUGAGCCUCUCUCUCUGUUCCUGUUGACUGAGAGUUGGGUGUAGCUCCCUGUAGCCAGCUCACUGGCUUCCCUGGGCACUGCAGCUGUGUCCCACCAUGUGGUACCGUGUCCCUCUUUCUGCUAACCGCCUGUCCCACUCCACUCCACCAUACACUUUGGGAACUUGCCGAGCUCUCUCCAGCCUCUGUGCCUUUGCCCUGCAGCCCUGUUCACCCUCACUGUCACACUCAGGCUCUUUGCCAAGGAUAUGUGGCCCAGAGGCCUCUGCUGUUAGUGGCUGGGUCUGCCUCCAGCCCACUCUUCAUGUGGCAUGCCAUGCUGUGCUCUGCCCCCCCCUCUGGUGCCCCAGAAUACCAUGGUGACUUUCACCACUAUCCUUUCGGUCUCUGGAUGUCCAGCCUGGAUCCAUCACCAGGAGAGGACUGUGGGCCUCCAUGUUAGUCUGUCUUCUGUGAAUGCACACUCUAGUAACUUGUGUGCAGGUUUUGAGAGCCAGUUUUGCACUAGCUGCUCGACAGCUGCUGGCAUGGCCGUGCUCUUGCACAUGCACGGCCGUGGGCAUGGGGAUUGCUGUGCAGCCUCAGCUAUGCUGUGGCUGUUGAUUAAACCAUCCCCUAAACAGC